CUCCCGGGAGAAAGGGGGACUUGAAACACCCGCUCUUCAGACUCUUCCCCGCCAGGACUCGACGUCGCGACAACACUUCCCCAAACAAACGGACGUAGGAAAAUCGUCGUGGGGCUCCCCAAGGGUUACGCAGGUCGUCCCUUAUCCUUCGUUUGAAAUAUCUACCAGUGUCUGGAGCCGGUGCCCAGCCACUACCAUACGAAAACCACCCCCUAUUGUAUCGCCUUCCGCCAUCCUCCUCCCAACACACCAUGAAGUCCUUCACGAUGCGAUCGGCUAUCGCCGCCUCCAUCCUGUUGCUGUCCGUCUCUCUCCCGGCAGUCACCGCUGAGGCUUCCGAGUAUAAAGGCUGCUUCACCGAAUCCACCGGGUUAGACGACGAAGGGCCCUACACAUAUCAGAGUGACGGGUAUUGCCAAGAAAAAUGUCUCAAAAAGAAUGCCGCCGUCUUCGCCCUGUGGAAAGGUUCCAACUGUAUGUGUGGUGAUGAAAUGCCCGAGAAAUCCUCCAAAGGGGACGACGACAAGUGUAAUACCAAGUGCUCUGGCUGGCCUGAUAAGAUGUGCGGUGGAAAGGAUGCCUACUCGGUGUACUUGACUGGAGCCAAGAAGAAUGUCGAUUACCACGGUUCCAAGUCCUCGACCAGCAGUUCGUCCUCCUCCACGGACUCCAGCGCGACCGGUGGACAGACGGUCAUCGAGACCUCGGAGGCCGAAGCGACGGAGGAAGCCGACAAGGAUGACGGUCCCAACACCGCCGCCAUCGCCGCCGGUGUGGUCGUCGGUGUGGUCGGUUUCUUUGCCCUGAUCGGGGCCGGCUUCUUCCUCUGGCGGUUCCGUAAUCGCAAGAACAACCAGGGCCAGUUCGAUCGCGGCACCGGUGGCGACCAGUACGGCCAGCACAUGUCGCAGAAUUCCAUGUCCGACUCGCGGUUCGACGGCGACUUCAUGGCCCAGCGACGCCAGAGCAACGGCAGCAUCGAUGACGACCAGGACUUCUCGCGGCGGAUUUUGCAGGUGAGAAACCCCGAUGGAUCGGUGAUGCAUUAAUGGAGUUGAAAGUGGCGUUUCGGCUACCCACAGCUUGUGGCAUGUCGGAUCCAUUAGCCCCUGCAUCGCAUUGUGCCCAUGCCGUUCCAUUUUACGACCUGUCAUUUCACCUUUUGUUACAAUUGUGCAUUUACUUUAUUCAUUUUGUUUCUGCCGUACGCGGCCGCCGCAUGGUUUUAACCGUGCGGUUGUAUUAUCUGCCCUCAGCGUUGCCUGUCUCUGCCUUGCAUCACAUCGGUGCCCUUAUACUCUCCGUCCUUGACGGUCGAGGUACAUCGAUGAGCGGUCGAGCGGCCCUGGA